AUGGAGAGGCAGAGGCAUUUUGUGCUAGUCCAUGGAGCCUGUCACGGAGCAUGGUGUUGGUAUAAGGUGGCAACUUUGCUUAAAUCAGCUGGUCACCGAGUUACAGCUCUGGACAUGGCUGCUUCUGGGGUCCACCCUAAGCGGGUAGACGAGCUCCAAUCGAUCUCAGACUAUUUUGAGCCAUUGAUGAAAUUCAUGGAAUCUUUGGUACCAGAAGAAAGGGUGAUUCUAGUGGGUCACAGCAUGGGUGGACUAUGUAUAUCUGUUGCAAUGGAAAGGUUCCCUGAGAAAAUUUCUUCUGCAGUCUUUGCAGCAGCUAUCAUGCCAGGUCCUGACCUCACCUUCACAUCUGCAAGAGAGGAGGAUCUUACGCUAGCAAUGUCGCUGCUGCGACCUCACCCUUUGUUUAGUGACGAGGCAACUCAAAAAAAGUUGGGGUUUACGAAGGAGAAAUAUGGAUCCAUUCCCCGAGCUUAUAUCGUGUGUGAUGAAGAUGUCAUAAUGAAGGAAGAUUUACAGAGAUGGAUGAUUGAAAAUAAUCCACCUGAUGAAGUAAUGGUUGUCCCUGGUUCUGAUCACAUGCUCAUGCUUUCUAAACCACAAGAGACGUGCUCUUGCCUCCUGGAGAUUGCCAAGAAAUACUUUUGA